UUUACAAGAUGGCUGACCUAAGUCAGAAUGUUAAAGACUACUUGUCAAGGUCCAAUAAGGACGGCCCCUCGAGUGCUAAAUAUUCUUUAUUAAGUACGAAAUGGUUUACAUCAGGUGAAGAUAUAGAAGACAAACCGCAGACUGAAGCUGCCAAUGGAUGGCUUAUUGACGCUCAAUCAGAUCCACUCCUGCCAAGUUUGGUAAUUCAUACUCAGUAACUCAUCUUACCAGUCAUGCUUUAACUAUAUAAUAAACUUAAAUAUACUAUACUACUAUACUAAUACUAACCUAAGACACCUAAGUUAACUUAAACUACUACUACUACUAGUCUAAACUAAUACUAAUUUACUAGAAUUAUUAUUUGGCCUACAAACACUAAAUUAAAUUGUUAAAUCCGAAAUAUAAGCUUAGCUCAAAUAAUAUAGAAAACUAAAAAAACAGCUUAGUCGAAUCAGUUCAAUCAGUCAUUCAGUGAGUAAAUUCAGUAUACAAAUAUGUUCAAGUUAAUGACUAGCAAAGGCAUAUAAUUUAUAAAUUACCACUUUUAAAAUUAUUUAAGUUUCUUUUUAAUACUAAUUUUAGCCUACACUUACACAUAUUCAUAUACAACAGGGGUGGGCAAAAUUUUUGUGUGGAGGGCCGCAUUGACAAAUGUAAAGCAUGUGUAUUAUGUCUAAUUUUUAUAUGUCGAUAAACAUUUCUCUAUAUUAAAAUCGGUAAAUUCGCAUUUUAGCAUUACAUGACAAAAGUCAAGGAGUGUUUAAAAAAUAGAAAAUUAGAACGAAAGUUUAUAAAAAAUGUUAAAACAAUCCUAAAGGUACAUGAAAUUAUGUAAAAUUCAACAAAAUAACUUAAAAACAAAGUAAUUUUUUUUGUUGUAAAUGCCUCCGAGGGCUGGAUAAUAUCAGUUGCCAUAAUUUGCCCACCCCUGAUAUAUAAUAUAUAUUAUUAAUGCUAGGCCAAAAAGAUUGUACUGGUACAUUAAAUAAUAGUUAUUUUGGCACGAUUAAUGCUCCCUUUGUCUUAGCUGUUUCCUUGAUGCUGUGAGCCUCACAGUGUGUCUGUCACCAACAGCCCAAAAAUUAUUUAACAUACUGGCCCCUAGAUUGGUCUGAUGUCUAAGGAAAAUUCAUUUUAAAUUAGUGAUCUCAAAUCUAAACUAAAGUAUAAGAUUUUUAUAAACAAAAUCAUUAAAGGGCACUUAUAUUUCCACUUGCAUUUCUUCUGUUGUUCUCCAACUAAGUGUAAAAUGAUGCAAUGCAGAAUACGGAUAGCAGCACCAAAUUGAAUCCCUGCAUUUUGAAUUUAUAAAAUUUUCUGUGGAGAGGGCUGUUGAGUAUGGGAAUCACUUAUUUUAGUACCGGGUCUGAACUUGGGUAUCGUAGUGUCCCUUUGUCAAUGGAUAAAAGUGAAGUAACUAAAAACGAGUGUGUGUUAUUUAAGUUGCGUGAGCUCGAUAAGAUAGGAGUUGAUGUACAGCUCCAGGGACAUGUGUUGAGAGAGUCUGAUGUAGUAAGUUAUAGGACUCAGACUGGUGAAAGUCAAGUGAUACAUUCAGCCAUUUGAAAUUGUGAAUUGUUAACAAUAAUACAUUGAUGUCUUGCUCAGUAUCAAGAAUAAAGAUAAACAGCAUUAUUUUAUGAAGAGUUGCUGCUUCUAGUACUAGUAUUUGGUGUGGGUAACUCUUAGUAUAGAGUGCUGCUGUGUAAUGUUGUCACUCUAGACAACGGCAUCAAAAGAGAAGGAAGGAUUUAAAGAGGUUGGUCAGGAAGACCCAGAAACCAACAAUUUGACAGGGGCCAGUCCCCUCCCCCUACUUACGUUCUGGAGCCAUCAGCCGGUGUCCUAGAUUUCUUCCCUCCUAGAUUUCUCCCCUCCCAACACACCCUGGAGAUCAAAUCAAACUGACAGUGAUGGACACCUUUUAAUCUUAUUUCUGUAUUAAAAUCUGUACAAUUUAUGCAAGUAUGUGGCACCACAAUUUCAUUUGGUGUUUAUUUAUUUGAUAGAUGUAAUUACAUACGACCUACAAGGAGUUGACUCAUGCUCAAACAGCCUGUGAAGUCAUUUGGAUUGUCCACCCCUGCUGUAGUCUGUAUGACUGUACCGUGUAUCUAUACAAAGGGAUUACCCCCUUGCUAAUAAAAUUUGCUAGUUUUGUCAUUGUUGUCAUGACUUGAACACUUUUCUAAUAUUUUCAAAAUAUUAUGCAAAAAAAAAUUCUUGGUGCCCAGCUUUUCCAAAUAUUAGAGGGAACAUUGGGUAUGACACUUCACUUAUCAUUUAUAUCAGAUAUGACUUUUGAUGAUUACCUAGCCAAAGACCCAAAAAUGAAAUGAACCACAUAGUGUUUGUAAAUUAAUUUUUAAUUAAGUAAUUUUAAUAGGCCUUUAAUGAAAAUUUCAUGACCUCACAGUCACCAGUCCUGAGUUACCUUAGUCUACUUCACGAAGGAGUUUUUUAACUUUAUGAUUCUAGUUUCAGUAGUAUUUUGGCUGAGCAUUUAGUUGUUAGAAAAUGUUACUAGGGCUUAAUCUACUAACUGGAUUUUUAUUAUGUACUGAUGUAUACAGUAUGACUUUAAUAAGAUAAAUUCACAUCCUCAGCUCAGGGGGAGGGUGUCAGACAAAAAGAAGACCUGUUCUUUUGCUUUGUUUCUUGAAAGAAAGCUAUCUUUUCUUAUACAUCUUUAUUACACUUUUAAAAAAUCAUGGUUUUGCCCAAGAUUAUCAAAGCAAUCGCAAUCACAUUUGUAAUAUUUGUAUUCAUUUUAACAUAAACUUCAAAUCUUUUAAUAAUUUAAUAUGGUUAUAGAAUUUAAAAAGUCUUUGUUUGGGUGGGUGGUGCGCACAAAACACUCACGAAAACUGUACAGUACAAUCUAAACUAUGCAUCUUGACAAAUUCGAUGUCAUGCCACUUUGGAUUAGGUAAUCCAAACAUAUUUAUUGAAAUGACUAAUAUGUUACAACUUAUAACUACAAAGUUCAAUAAUCUGAUCUUGCAGAAAUUAUCUUGCAACAUUCGAUCCUAGUUUCACAGCUUUACUCCAAUGUGUGUCAUCACCCCAAAAAUUUUUCCUUUGUCUAAAAAACAAAUUUAGAAGAAUAAUUCAACAACAUACAAAGCAUAUCUUUUGUUUUUGAACCCACCACAAUGGUUAGAAGCAAGGUCAUUGAAUUAAAUCUAAAGUGUUUACAAGACCAGGCUUUUAGUUAGGCUUGCACUUGCAAGUAGUGGAAUAAUAUUUGUGUACUUUUUACCAGACGUUAACAUACUGCUACAUAUUUCAGGUUUAUUAAAAUUGUUACUUAUAUUACAUUUUCUUAAACAAUGUUGUUGUUUUUUUUCCAGAGUAAAAAACAAAGAAUUAUAGGUUUUAUAAUCUGUUUACUAAUGGGGACAUUUUGCCUGAGUCUAGUAAGUAUAUAUAUUUACAGAAAUUAACUUUGUAAUCAUUAAUUUCUGUGUAGUGUUGUUGAUUUUUAUAAAAUUAAAUUUUAAUGGAUAAUUAAAAUUUAAAAAAAAAUUUUUAAAAGAAAAAAAUAUGAUCAAUUUUGGUAAAUUAAGAGCCAUUAAAAUCUGAUUAUCAUGUUAAUAAAUGAAUAACAGUAAAGCAUAAGAAAUAAAUUCAUCUUUUUCUGCUUUGGAGUAAACUUUCUUUAAAUAAUAAAAAAAACUAUUAUGUUUGAAUGGGAAAAAGCUAUAUUUUCAAUUCAUAGUUCUGCUUUCAUUAAUUUUUUUGUGCUUUUUAAAAAAUUAAAAUUAUUCAUUAAUUUUUAAAAAAUAUAGAAAUUCCAACAUAAAUUUCUUGUUCCUAUGUUAAUUUAUUUUUCAUACCAUGUCAGGCCAGUUUGUAUAUUCCAUUCCUUGUCCUUAAAGCCAGAAAAUUUGCUUUGCUCUACACAUUAGGGAGUCUGUUUGUUUUGUCAAGGUAAGCAUGUUUUUUGUGUGUUUUUUUUUCAAUUUAUGACAAACUUAAGAUUAGAAACUAAACUUAUCUGCAACAGGCCUGUUAUAGAUAUAUAUAUAUGUUUGCCACAACUUUUCUCGAAUCCCUGCCCUUCCUAUCUUACCGAACCUCUUUCUGUCUAUUAACCCCUUCGAAAGCUUCGCUUCUCCGCAGACGUGCGUAUUCUUUCUGUCCCAAAGACUCGAACAAAAACAUAUGGUGAACGAUCUCUGUCUUUCUGUGCCCCUAAACAAUGGAAUUCUCUUCUUCUUCUUCUUCUUUAUUUUGAGGACCCACGAUCAAUGAAUUGAUAAUUCUGGCUCAUAUGUUUCAGAGGGGUUCGCGAUGUUACUGUGCAUGUGUUUCAAGGGGAUACUUCACUGGUUGCAAGGGCUACUCAGCAGUGGUGUUACGAACUGGGGGUUGGAAUACAGGAGGCAAUAGACACAAAUGUGUCACAAAUGUGUUGAGUGUAGCCGCCUCAACUGUUGCUUUUGGAAGCUUGUUCCAGUCCCCUAUUGUCUUCGGGAGGCAUGAGGAGCUCCUGUACUUUGUUCUUGUUUUUACCAGCCGGAACUGUCUGUCGUGGCCUCGUCGCUGUUUAGGGGGAAGAUGAACUAGUUUCUGUUUGAUGCCAGAGCAGUGGACCAGCCCAUUUUUGAUCUUGUACAACAUGGUGAGCCUGGAUCGUCAUUGUCGUUCUUCCAAUGUUGACCAGUCCAGUGUUUCUAGCAUGCUGCCAACACUUGAGGUGUUUCUGUAGCAGUUCAUGACAAAGCGUGCUGCCCGUCGCUGGACAGCCUCCAACUUGUCGAUGCUUUUCUGGGUAAAGGGGUCCCAGACUGUAGAAGCAUACUCUAAAAGAGGCCGGACAAAGGCUUUAUAGGCUUUUUCUUUCACGCUUGAGUUGCCGAUCUUCAGAUUGCACCUUAGGAACCCCAGGGGUUUUGUUUGCCCUGUUGCACACACUGUUAAUGUGCUCGUCCCAGCGGACCUCUCUUUGAAUGAUAACACCUAGGUACUUAACUUCCAUUAUACAUCCUCAAUAUACCAACCAUCACAGCCUUCAAAACUGCACUCAAAACACAUCUUUUUAAACUCUACUAUCCUGACUGAUUCCCACGUCACUGAUUCCCACCUCUGACCGAAAAACGAUGCUGCUAAGUGUCGUCCAUGGCUUGACAUGUAAAUAGAUUUAAAUAUACAUUUGUUUUGUUUAAUUUCAUUCAAAGUUCUUGAUUAUGUUUAUUAAAUUGUAUGUACAGAGUGGUGAGCCCAGCUUUAGACUAUAUAAAACCACUUAUAAUAAUCAUAAUAAUAAUAAUAAUAUAAUUUAAGUGUAGAAAAUUUUGAAAGACAGUGUUUUCAUUAAUGGACAAUUAGAUUAAUGAAUAAAAUCUCAAAUUCCAUCUCGUUCUGACUUUUUUUCCACAUAUAUCAAGGUGAUGACUUCAAUGUGAUUUUAAAAAAACUUCAAGUCUUGACGCCACUAUUCGAAUCUUAAGUUUUUAAUUGUUUGAAUAUCUUUUUUUCUCCCUAUUUCAGUACAGUUAGAACUAUAUUUUCGACUUAAUACCUACUAGAGGUAUUAAAUAAAUAUGACUCAAACUGAAUUGUAUAUUAAAACUUUUCUAGUUAUAUAACAUGUACUUAUUUAUGAUUUCAGCUUUGCACUUUUAUGGGGACCUGUCCAUCACAUUAAGCAUUUAUUCUCUGUUGGUCGAUUACCAUUUACACUGACCUAUUUUGGAGCCAUGUUUGCCACUAUCUACUUUGCCCUUUGGGUAAUUAUUUUGCCUUUUGUAAUAGAGAUAACGGUUUAUAUCAGUUUCUUGUUAGCGUUGUUUCAUUCAUGUGUUAUGUUACUUUUAUCCAACAUCUUUCAGUUUCUAUAACACUUAAAGAUGUCAUCUCUGGAAUUUUAUUGUUAUACUUGCAUCUCCUCAGACGAAGAGCACAAUUCUCACAAUCAUAUUUGCAGUUUCUCAAAUUGUGGCAUUAGUUUGGUAAGUAGAUUUAGGAUAAUGUGUAUUUUGGUCUUUAAAGAUCUUUGUAAACCUUUGAGGAUUUCUUCAUUAACCUGAUUCACCGGCUUUCCAUAUUGUAGAAAUUAAAGUUUUUAUUUACAUGGGCAGAUUAAGUUUAAAUUUGUUAAGAUUUCUAUUUCAUAUUUUUUAAAUGAAGAACUCUGAUAUAUAGUUAGUAAAGAGAAACUUAAAAUAUUCAAGUGUAGGACAAUUAUUUUUUUUGUAGCUUUCAGGGUUGUUUUCUUAUUACCAAUUAGAAAAAAAGUAAAAAUAAAAAUCUAUUUAAUAUAAUAUUUUAUGUAAAAGUAAAAAUGAAGGAGAAAUUUUCCCAAGAGGUCAUACUGAAUUUUUAAAAUUAUCAUUCUUUUAAAUAUACAGGUAUGUGGUGAGUUAUAUCCCUGGAGGCCAAAGAGGGCUCAAGUUUUUCACUAGCAUAUUCUAUGCUGCAGCCUCAAAGACAGUUGGGAAGACUUUGCCGAUAUAAAUUAAUGGAUAUUGAUUUCGUGAUGAGGAUUCUUCUUAUUUUUUUUGUAAGAAAGGAAAAUACUGGUUGAAAUGAAAGGUACAUGAUGUUGAAUGUUGAGCUUAUUAAUUUAUAACUGUCUGAGUUAUCUAAAUAUUGAGAUAAGUAUAAUGCCCAAUGUUCUGUGGAUGAAUAUCACUUGCAUUUCUAAACUUUUAAAUAAUAAACAUAAUUUUAGUUCUUAAUGAAUUUAAACACACACACA